AUGGGCAAGGAGCAAGGAGGAUGCGAUAGAGAGGCAGGGACGGUGAUGAGGAGUGAAGGCGGCAACCUUGACAAACCAGUUCUGACGGUUCACCAGACCAUCAGUGACGUGCGCGGCAGCUACUACCAGGAGAAGACGGUGUUCCUGCGCUGCACCGUCAACUCCAACCCUCCUGCCCGAUUUAUCUGGAAGCGCGGGAACAUGCUCAUCGAGCAGAGCAAGGACAACGGAGUGGACAUCUACGAGCCGCUUUACACUCAGGGUGAGACCAAGGUGCUGAAGCUGAAAAACCUCCGACCCAAGGACUUUGCUGACUACACCUGCCAGGUGUCCGUACGCAAUGUGUGCAACAUCGGGGACAAGUCGGUCACUUUCAGGCUCACGAAUGGGACCGCUCCCCCAAUGAUCCGGCUGUCAGUCAACGACACGGUGGUGGUGGACCCCGGGCAGGACGUGCAGUUAACCUGUGAGGUGACUUCAGGUUUCCCUCCCCCCAAUGUGACGUGGUCGUGUUCCACUGGCAAACUUCCCCUCAGCGCACUGGUUCGGGGGGCAACGCUCAUUCUGCGGGCGGUCACACCGACUGACGCCGGCCUUUACAACUGCUCGGCCGUCAACAAUGUGGGAAACCCUGCACGAAAGAACGUCAACGUGGUUGUACGGACGAUGAGCAACCUGACCUUUCAAAUUACACCCGACUCCAACAAGGACAGUGAGAGCAUUCAAAUGGGGCGGGACCUCAAGCUGUCAUGCCACGUCGAUGCCACCCCGCAGGACAAGGUCAACUACACCUGGUACAAGAACGCAGCGCCUGUCUUUAACUCGGACAGCCUGAUCUUGCUGCGCAGUGACCCUGACAUGGCACCCGGCACCAGCAGCUUGGAGAUCGUGGACAUGAAGUUCAGAGACUUGGCCACCUACAGCUGUGUUGCAAAUUUCCCCGGCAGCAGGAUCCCGGAGCUCCGUGUGGAUGUCAACAUCUCUCAGAACAUCUCUCCUCCGGUGCUGUCAGUUCCGCCAGGAGGUCAGGUGGUCAACGUGCGAGAGGGAGGCACCGCUGAGCUGGUUUGCCUGAUAGUCGAUGGCAAACCACGUCCGCCUAUACUCUGGUCACGGACAGAAAAGGACCUGCUAAUGCCAGAUGAGAAGACUGUGGUUGAGACCCCCGACGGCCGCUUGAGGCUCAAGAAUGUCAGCCGGGACAUGAUGGGGGCGUACCGGUGCCAGACUGCUCCAUACAACGGGCUUAACAUCAAGCGCAGGGAGGCGCAGGUCCAGCUCAACGUGCAGUAUCCGCCCAUAUUGGACCCAGUGUUCCAGGACGUGCGCUACCGGAACUAUCAGAUGGUGACUCUGAGGUGUGCGGUGCUGCGGUCCAAUCCGCCGCGUCUGACAGACAUCCGCUGGUACCGUAACGGCGAAUUCAUCCGCAUGCCCAUGCCGGACCUGAAGGAGACGCCAGAGUGGAAGUUCAAGCUGGAACCUACCAACAAUGGCUCUUAUGAGUGCCGAGUCAGCAAUACUGUAGGAACAUCGACAUGCACAUUUAAUGUCUCUGCUCAACCGUAUGAUGCCGAAUUUUACUUUGACACGCCCAACCCAGUCCGGAUUCUGAAAGGUAACAACUAUUCCUACACCCUGCAGUGGACACAGAGAGAUCCCGAGGCCACAGACCGUAUCAUCGGCUACUGGAUUAAUAUCCGAAAGAACAAGCAGAGCCUGCUGUCGAAGCAGAUAGACCUCAAGGGUAAGGAGCCGGAGAGGGGUGUGCUGAUAUCCCACACCAUAGCAGACCUGAAAAUCCCACUGUCCUACGAGGUCCGCCUGGCCCCCAUCACCACCUACAGCACUGGGGACUACAUCAGUCGAAUCAUCCAGUAUUCAGAACCCUACACCUACCCGAGGCCCUCAGACAACGUGUGUGCUUUCGAAGAUGAGCGAAUCUGUGGUUUCUCUCAAGACCGGAGCGACAUCUUUGAUUGGACGAGACAAAAUCACCUGACACAGAAUCCCAAGCGAUCUGCCAACACUGGCCCCGAGACCGACCGCAGCGGGACCAAGGAGGGAUACUACAUGUUCAUCGAGGCGUCAUGGCCACGUGUUCAAGGAGACAAAGCUCGUCUGCUGUCGCCACUUUUUAAUGUGUCCUCAGUCAGGGGUCCCAAGGGCUCCGGCCGAGUUCCAUACUGCGUCUCCUACUACUACCACAUGAAGGGCAAACACAUUGGUACUCUGAAUGUUCUCCUGAGAGUGAGAAGCAUUGCCUCUGUGGACACUGUGAUUUGGACCAAGUCGGGCCAUCAAGGCCCUGACUGGCAGAAAGCGUACUUUGACAUCAGCCCCAGUGGACCCUUCCAGAUUGUUUUUGAAGGAAUCCGAGGUCAGAGUUUCGAGGGGGACAUUGCCAUCGACGACGUCUCCAUCACCAUAGGAAAGUGCAAACAGCAGAACACUGUAGCCAGCGCAGGUAAGACAGUCCUGAUCGGUGGCUCAUGCUCACUCCCAUUGGCCAGCCGGCUGACCUUUGGCCUCUCCUGCCUGCUGUCGCUGCUCUACAGAUGAUGAGCACUUUUCACCACAGCCACCAUUUGUCUGCACUGCCAGACGCUGCCCCGACUCGCUCUUUAACUGCUCUCUCUAUCCUUGCCCCUCUUCUCUCCUCUACUUACUUGUCACCUCACCUGUCCGUCCUCCUCGCUCACUGUUUCUCUAACCUUUAUGCAUCCGUCUCAUCAUUCCUGCUUAUAGGUAAAUGGUAACAUAAAGUCUUUGUCUACCUUCUCCUCCUCCAAUAUCUUUGAACAUUUCCCCUGCAGACACUCUGCAGUAUAACCAACAGACUGUAUUUAAGGUGAACAUACUUAAUGAUCUUCGACAGACGACCUUCACAUCCUCCCACUUUGUCACCUUUUCCUUCUUCUCCUUCAUCAAAACCCUUCGCCCAUACACAGACCCUCUCAUGUAUCUCCACUCCCCUCGAACUACAAUCCUUGACGGCCCAAUUCCCGAGACACACCAAAGUGUCGGACACUCUACCAAAGAUGACAAAGGACCGGAGGGAAUAAAGCGAGGGAACAGGGAUUCCAAGAAGAAACUGAAAGAGAGAUAGAAAGUCGGGAAAAAUCCUUCCUAUUCACAGAAACUGUCUCCUGUCCAUCCUACCCUUUGGGACCAUGGGAGCGACUGAAUGACAAAGAGAGCGAUGAAAAAACUGAUGAAUGAAUGAAUAAAGAAAGAAAUGAAUGGCGAGGAAAGGACAAACCAGAGGAGGAGGUAAAAAGGACGGUGCUCCUGGUAGCCUCCCUGCUCGCCCUCUGCUUGCCACUUGAGACGAACCUCAGCGCGGAGACACGUGUACAUUUAUCUAUAUAUAUAAAUAUAUCAAAUAUAACAAAGUUUAAACUUCAAACACAACCAGGACAGUGGAGGACUUUACAAAGUGAAAUUAAAGAAGCACAACGUUUAUACAACCUCUGCUGUUCCUUUGGGUUUUAUUCUACGUAUUAUGUGAUGUUGCAAUUUUGUCAUGCCUUCUCAAUGUUUUUGAUAUUUUGCUUUGGUUUUCGUUUGUUUACGCUGUUAUAAGGGUCAAGGGAAAUGGGGAAUGGAUUAUUAUAUUAAUAUUUAUGAAAGGGAGAUGAGAUGAUUUGUGGUAGAACCUGAAUUAAGCACUUGGAGGAAAUGCAAGGAUGACCCCAAGCCACGUGGGUAGAAACCUCAACUCUUCUUCGCACAAACAGUACAUUACUGAACACACCCAUUUACCUGGACACAAAUAAACUCACACUUAGUUUUCCCUUCUGACGUCACAGUCUGGCCCUCAGCUCACCCUCUGCCUCAAAUACACGUCUUGUCUGCGGUAGAAGGGAAACAAAGAAUGGUAGAUCUCAUUUUCCUAUUCCAGCCUCUUUUUCAUAAUUGUCCCUCUGUCACUGGACGUCAAGACUCCGGAGAAGAGCUGGACGCCUCUAAUGAGGAAGAAAGGGAAAGGGCUGUGGUAUGAGAGGCAGAAAAUGUCCGGGAGUUCAGUUGAAUAAAUGAUCAAAGAGCAGGUUACUCAAUGUCAUGUGUGAUUCCUCCCUUACACUCCUAUUGGAAGGAGAGAAGUAUCAGUAUCUGGCCGGUGUGCAGUGUGGAUCACGUAUCAGAUACUCUCAUUGAUUCAUUAACGUAGAAUGUCUGUAGUGUCAAGGAUUUUCAUAAUCGCGUAGAUAUGAUUGUUAAAGUUAAGCAAUACUCACAUAGAUCUAUACGGUAGUUUAUGAUUGCAUUUAAGACAACAGUUCGGUCUCCAUAUACAAACCCUUGUUUUCUCCAAAAUACUGGCUUUUUCUCUCAUCAUUUAUCAGUUCUGAUUUAUUUAAUACCAGUGUAUUCGCCUUUCGUGCUGUUCCCCAAAAGAUCAACGGUAGCCAUGAUUUAAAUAGUUCAUGGCAAAGUGUGCAUGCAUUUUGUUGCAUCAUGCUUC